GUUGUUGUUGUGGGUAGAUUUAGAACAUUAUGGAACAUUAUUUGCGGGUUUACGUGGUUUUUGGUUGUUGUUGUGAGUGGUAGGUUUAGAACAUUAUUGGUGGGUUUGCGUGGUUUUUGGAACAUUUUUACGUGGUUUUUGGUUGUUGUUAUGGGUGGAUUUAGAACAUUAUUGAACAUUAUUGGUGGGUUUUCGUUGUUUUUGGUGGAUUUAGGUUGUCGUUUUUGGUAUCGUAGAUUUAUUGGCGGAAAACCUCAAAAACUUGCGGGUCAGCGGUUUUGGUGGAAGGAAGGAGAGGGAGGAUAA